AGAGUUUUCUUAUAGAUUUCCCCCUGCGUAAACGUUGGGGUUAACUUCCGGCAUGUUUUACAAUUUCCCAGCUUGCCCUGCGGAAAUUCUUUCUCUUCCGUAGUACUGUCUUCUGUGGAGACAGCCGAAACGUCACAAUGGCGGCCCUCAGACCCCUCACGAAACCCAAGAUCGUUAAGAAGAGGACUAAGAAGUUCAUCAGGCAUCAGUCGGAUCGCUAUGUCAAGAUCGCCAAAAACUGGAGGAAGCCCAGAGGUAUUGACAACAGGGUCCGCAGGCGGUUCAAGGGCCAGAUGCUGAUGCCCAACAUUGGUUAUGGUAGCAACAAGAAGACCAAGCACAUGCUGCCCAGUGGUUUCAGGAAAUUCCUCGUCCACAAUGUCAAGGAACUCGAAGUUCUGAUGAUGAGCAACAAGACCCACUGUGCAGAGAUCGCCCACAAUGUGUCCUCCAAGAACAGGAAGCUUAUUGUGGAGAGGGCAGCUCAGUUGGCCGUCAAGGUUACCAAUCCCAAUGCCAGACUGCGCAGCGAGGAGAAUGAAUAAUCUGGCCAUUGACAUUGUUCUUUUCAAUAAAUUUAAAAUGAUAAAAACUCA